CCAAACCCUUUUUUCUUUUCCUCCUCUCUCUCUGGAGCAAAAGCCCUAGCCCCGAACCCAAGCCAUACCAACAAGUCGAGGUGUUCGUACAGAGUGAGAAUCGGUGGCCAUGGAUUUACAGCAGAGCGACUUCGAUCGUCUUCUCUUCUUCGAGCACGCUCGUAAGACCGCCGAAGUUGCCUACAGCCAGAACCCUCUUGAUGCCGAUAACUUGACUAGGUGGGCUGGAGCUCUACUGGAGUUGUCUCAGUUUCAGAAUGUUCCGGAGUCGAAGAAAAUGAUUCAAGAUGCAAUUACAAAGCUUGAUGAGGCAUUGGUGAUUAAUCCUAAGAAACAUGAUGCCCUUUGGUGCUUGGGAAAUGCUCAUACUUCCAAUGCAUUUUUGACCCCUGAUCACGAUGAGGCAAAGGAUUAUUUCGAUAAGGCUGCAGUGUACUUUCAGAAAGCAGUUGACGAGGAACCAGAGAAUGAACUUUAUCGCAAGUCUUUGGAAGUGGCUGCUAAGGCCCCAGAAUUGCAUAUGGAAAUCCAUAAGCAUGGUUUUGGCCAACAGGCAAUUGGAGCCGCAGGACCUUCUUCUUCUUCAUCAGGUGCUAAGACCGCGAAGAAAAAGAAAAGCAGCGAUCUCAAUUAUGAUAUAUGUGGAUGGGUAAUCCUUGCUGUUUGCGUUGUUGCGUGGGUAGGAUUCGCAAAGUCGCAUGUGCCUCCUCCGCCACCGCGAUAAGCCAAAGGAUUUGUUUGGGCUUUACAUUCGGCACUUUGGUAGAGAGUUUGGAGAUUUGAGCAUCAUUCUUGAGCUUUUUGAGGCUUUGAGCCCCACAGUGCAUGUAGAAUUUAGAAUCACAGUUGAUUCCAAGAUUUUUCACCGUAGUAAUGAUUUUCACCAUGUAACUGAUAAAAUUAUUCAGGAUUUCCCAUAUUUAAAUAUUGAUUUUUCAAUAGUAAUAUGAUGGUUACAAAUUAUAUCUUGUUAAUCAACACCAAUGUGUAUGGUGCUACUAUGAAUAAGAUUUUGAUAAUUUCGAUUCA